AUGGGUAUUUUUCAUCUCUCUAGUACUUUUAUAUUUUGUGAUUAUCAAUGUACCAUUCAAAUAGCUUACAAUGAUGUUUUUCAUGAAUGUAAAAAACCCCUGCCGGUCGUGGAAUAUGCCUAUUUCAUCAGAAGAUUUAAAGUGCAUGAGGAACAGGAUGACGAUAAUGUGACCUGCGUUAUAUGCUUGAAUGCUCAAUUCCAACCAGCAGCAGCCCAAUCGAAAGAUAUAGAAUUGGUUAAAAAAAUAAAAAAACAAAAGGAACACUUAACAGGAAUUUGCUCCAUCUACAACACGAUUCUAUCAUCAGAGGUUCGGCUACGAAAACACUGGCAAAAAAAUGAAUAUUUUCUUGCUUUACGUAGCAAACAACAGUUCUUUUUGAAAGAGGCAUUCACUCAUCUGGGUCUGUUCAAGCCACUGCCCGAAGAGGAUCAUUACUCUGCUAAUCAUUCCAGCGGUUAUGUUCUAUUGAUGGACAGUCGAUCUCGUUCCCUAGUUCCAGUCCCUGUCCAAGUUCUGACAGAAAUGAUCAAAAAGAACCUACCAGUUCUUGAAUAUGGCGUCUUCAUUGAAAGAUUCGGAGAUGAUGAGCAAGUUGUGAAUACGGUAUGCACUGUAUGCUUGGAUUCCAUGGAGAAAAGUGAUGAGAUAAGAGAGCUCUGCAUGUGUUCUCACGUGUUUCACAAAGAGUGCCUUGAUACAUGGGUUAACGAGGGUCAGGUUACUUGUCCUUUGUGUAGAUCCACCUUGUAUCCAGAGCGGAUAGAUUGGACGGGCAGGGCAACAGGUUCAUGGAUCACGAAUCAUGAUGCAGACUUUAAUUGAUUUGUGUCAACUUUUAUUAUGUAAUAGAAAUCAACUUUAAUAUAGUACAUAAUCUUAUAUCAAAACCACAAGCUUUUCCAUGGGUUAAUGUUUGCAAGUAUUUUUCUCACCUCUUCUCCUUAUUCUUAUUUUCUAGUCAUUUUUUCGGAAGUUUGAUCAAUAUUUGCUUAAUGAGUUAGCCAAUCAACAUAGCGUAAUAUAUCCGUUACAGUGUCAGGCAUUUUCAAUUGUUAUUGACUUCGUUUAAUUUCCUCAAUUUGGUGAUAUUAAUGAACUGAACUCCUUGCAUAAAGUUUUUCAGCAUGGAGACACUAAACUGCUAAAGGAUUAGUUAAACCCCAGCAACUGUUGUCAUUGCCUUCCUCUCCAAUGUCAAAUUGAUACAAAUAGGAAACAGAUGAUGCAUACAAGGAAAUCGUGGGCUGCGAUGGUUUGUUUUCAGAGAAUUUUUGCCCAAGCA